GACGUGGGUAGGCCGGUAGCUUCUUUGUCAUUCUCAUUCUUUUUUUUUUCUUUUAAUAGAAAACUAAUUCUAAAUUUGAAUUAUUUAUAACAUUUAUAUACUUUAACUCUUUAAACUGAUCUUAUAAAGAAGUUGCUAAAUUUCCUAACAGAAAAAAAAAAAAAAAAAAACUCCACAACAAAGAAAUGCAGAAUGGAGGGCAAUCUCAAUCCCAGCAACAAUAUCAAGAAUCACAAAGUGAUGAAUUUCUUGAACAAAUUCUCUCUACUUUUCCAAACUGUUCUUGGCCACCAAAUCCCCAUGAUCUUCCUUCUCCAUCUUCAAACCCUAAUACUAAUAACAAUAAUUCAAAUGCAAAUCUUUCUGUAAAAGGCGGAGAUUCUCCGCAAGAAGAGGCUGAAGCCGCCGCAGCCGCCGCCGCCGCCGCCUUUCACUUUCAGCAACAGCAAAUGAAUGAUGUAACUGCUAAAUCAAUGUUGCUGUUGCAUCAACAACAGUUUCUUCUUUCUCGCAGAGCUUCUCCUGAUGCACUAUAUAAUGAUUUUCCUCAGCCGCAAUCUCAGCCUCAUUUUCAUCCUCCUCCACUUCCGUCUCAGUGCGGAAGUUUGGGCGGCGGUGUAGGACAAAACUAUGGAGGGACGGCGGUGGGAUUAAAUGAACAGCCGCCGCCGCCACCGCCUCCUCCUCCUCCCGCGAGUGCUUCAACAGGAGGGAGUAGUGGUGCGGGUGGUAGUGCUCCGCAACGACAGAGAGUUAGGGCACGGCGAGGGCAGGCUACUGACCCUCACAGCAUCGCCGAAAGGCUUCGUAGGGAGAGAAUUGCAGAGAGAAUGAAAAAUUUACAGGAGUUAGUUCCAAAUGCUAACAAGACUGACAAAGCCUCUAUGCUUGAUGAGAUCAUCGACUAUGUCAAAUUUCUACAGCUUCAAGUCAAGGUACUAAGCAUGAGCAGAUUAGGUGGUGGCCGUGGUGCAGCUGCUGUAGCUCCACUGGUUGCAGAGAUGACCUCCGAGGGAAGAGUAGGACGGAAUAGUAACGGAAACCCGACAGCAUCAACAAACGACAGCAUGACAGUAACGGAACAUCAAGUGGCGAAAUUGAUGGAGGAAGACAUGGGCUCAGCCAUGCAAUAUUUGCAAGGGAAAGGACUAUGUCUUAUGCCCAUCUCCUUAGCUACUGCCAUUUCCACAUCUACCUCACUCUCACGCACUCCUUUACCCUCAACUCGACCCCACAUUAACAACGGCAAUCACGACAACGACAACAAUCACCAUCCCAGCCUCCUUCCGCCUAUUUUGCCAUCCAACAGUGAUCACGUAGACAACAAUGUCAAUGGCAUAAGCGCCACUAAAACGAAUCCAACUCCUGACUAGAGCAGAUUGGGAUAAUGAGAUGUUGGUAUUGAUUACUUUAUAAGCAAAUAAUGUAUUUUCUUUGUUAUUAAUAGCAUUAGUUACUUUUUUAAAGAUCAAAGGAGAUUUUCCACUUUUAAUCUCUUGGUUCCUUGGAAUCCUUUUAUGAUCCGUCGUUCGCUUUUGUAAGUUACGGAAUUAAUUAUUUUAACGAAUAAUUUUUCAAUCCUUGAUUCAUGACA